ACCACCAUCAUGAAGGGUGACGGCAAAGGAAAAAAGGGCGGCAGAAAUGCCUCCAAGGGAAGCGGAAAGAAAGGCGGGAAGGGGAAGGGGAAAGGCAAGGGCAAGAAGGGCGAUGCUGCUCAGCGAGAAAAGAAGGACACGCAAAGUGCCCGUGAGCUCGCUGAAAUUAAAUCUCUCAGCGAUCGCGUCCUCAUCGAGGCGCCUAGAGAAGGACAAAUUUUUACAGAACAGACCCCUUCCAAGUCAGCCACGUCUUCUACUGGCGACAAAGCGGACAAGGAUCACAAGGAGGAAGACCCCGACGCUUCUUCGAGCAAAGCUGGAAAAGAAGCUGGUCACCCGCUACUCACGAAGAAAUUCUUUUCUGAUUUGCCAAUAUCAAAAAAAACAGUGGAAGGCUUGAAAGAGUCUAAGUUUGUGCAGAUGACGACAAUUCAGCGCGCAGCUAUUCCCCACGCACUUGCAGGCAGAGAUAUCAUGGGCGAAGCGCGGACCGGUAGCGGAAAAACGCUCGCUUUUAUGGUGCCUAUGCUAGAAAGGCUUUACCGGGAGAGAUGGUAUUUCUGAUUUAGAUUUUUAGAUGCUCGUUAGAAUUUUAGCUGUCUCUGUGAAUGAUCAACAACCAUACAACUGGUUGCAUUACCCCGAUGAGUGUACUUAUGUCAAAUUGCUAGCAUCCUAUCCAUGUUGCACCCUCCUGUCGUGAUAUCCCGCGACACUUCAACAAUUGAACAGCGAGGAAAUACCGUGGAUCAAAUUUUCAGGUCCGCUCUCGAUGGUCUCGGCGCUUUGAUCAUUUCGCCGACGAAGGAGCUAGCGUACCAGAUUUUCCAAGUGCUGAAGCAAGUAGGUCGCGCUCACGACUUCUCAGCUGGAUGUUUGGUCGGUGGACGGGACUUCGAGUCCGAGCAGAAAGGCCUAGCGCGUAUGAAUAUCGUGGUCGCCACUCCAGGUCGGCUUCUUCAGCACCUAGAAGAGACACAGGUCUUCUCAGUCGAGAAUCUACAGAUGCUAGUGCUCGAUGAGGCAGAUCGAAUCCUGGAUUUAGGAUUUAAAGAUACAAUGACGCACAUUCUCGACGCGCUGCCCCUGCGACAAUCGCUACUCUUUAGUGCGACUUUGCGACCCAACAUAUACCAGUUAGCAGCCGUGGCACUCAAACCAGACAAGCAGUUGAUCACCAUUGCAGGCAUGACUGGAGGAAAAGGUAUAAUUUACAUGUUGUGAAUUAUUUCAUCGAUUCUGUACACCAUUAUGUAUAAUCUAAUCAAAGUUUCCGAGGAUCAAGCCUCUUCAACUUCAAUACGACUGGGUCAGCUUUUCGUUUCUACUUAUUCUCUUUAUCCUGCCACUUUGUACUGCAACAACCACUUGUUUAUUAGGUGUUGACGGCAAAGAGGGUGCUUCGCGAUCGUCGCAUCGUCUUACUCAAUGUUUCUCCGUGACACCUUUGGAGGAGAAGGUCUCCACAUUGUUUGCCUUUUUGCGCGCUCACAGUCAGAAGAAAUGCAUCGUUUUUUUGAGCUCCUGUAAGCAAGUUCGCUUUGUCUAUGAAAUUUUCAAGCGGCUGAAGCCUGGGCCGGCGUGUUUUGAAUUCCACGGAAAGAUGUCGCUGACUAAGCGAUUGCUCAUUUUCCAGGAAUUCCUCGAGAAAGAGCGCGCGGCGUGCCUGUUGAGUACGGACGUUGCCUCUCGUGGUGUGGACUUUCCGGAAGUUGACUGGGUCGUGCAGUUUGACUGCCCAGAUAGCGUGGACACCUACGUGCAUCGCGUUGGUAGAACGGCGCGAUAUCAGAGCAGUGGUAAUAGUCUGCUCAUGCUCACGCCAACGGAGCGCGCAGGCUUCCUCGAAAGACUGAAACAAAAAAAAGUCGUCGACUGGGUCGAUGACGGCAAGUCAGACGCACCAGAUGAACAGUGGGAUGAUAGACGAGGUGGAGCAUUUGUCGAAGGAGAUAUUGGAGCCGCGUCACAAAGGAACUCAGCUAAAAAUGGUUCUGACGACGGCGAAAUCUCGUCUGAACAAGCGGCAAAAUCAAAAGACAAAAAGAUUUGUAUUAAGCAGGUGAAGAUGAAAGCGUCCAGGCAGAUUCAGAUCUUACCUCAAAUUCGUUCGAUUUUGUCAUCCCUGCCUGAAAUCAACCACUUGGCUAAGAAGGCUUUCGUCAGUUACAUAAAGAGCUACCAUUUGCAACCGGAUAGAACGGUCUUCGUCAAAGUCGAAGAGCUAGCACUGGACAGCUUUGCAACCAGCAUCGGGUUGGGGUUCACACCGGAGUUAGAUUUAGAGAAGAUGGUGAGCCGCGACGACAAGAUCGCUGCUGCUGGAGUAGAGACUGCUGGUGGCUCUGCUUCAUCAACCUCAGGUAGUAAAACAGCGGACAAAAAGCGUAAGAAACCACUCACGAAGAAGCAAAUCGAACGCAGAAAACUUCUAGGCUUAGACGUUGGCGAAGAGGAUGGGAAGGACGGCCAAGGAGAGGAGAAUCAAGAAGCGGUGGUGCCGUCUCUAGAGGAAAUAACGCAGAAUUCUGAGGCUAAGCGACUGAAGAACCGAGACAAGGUGAUGCUCUUGCUGCAGGAAGCAAAAGCGGAGCGCGCUGCAAAAAAAGCGGGAAAGAAACCUUCGAGUGAAGUAGGUGACGAUCAGACGACGCCCAAAGUUGGCGGUAAGUUUGCGAAACUUGUGGAGCGACGACAGAAAAUCAAAGACGCGUUAGCGGCUGGCGAAUACGACGACGAGGAUGCAGCGGG